AUGGGUGAAGAGAAGAUAGAUCCAGUGACCGAGGGAGGUUCUGUCACUCUACACACUAAUGUUAGUAAACUACAUAAAUAUGUGAUACAGUGGUGGUAUGAAGAUGAAGAUAAAGACGAAAAGAAUCUCAUUGCUAAAGUUGAUAAAGUGAAGAAUGAGAAACAUGUAUAUGUUGGUGCUGAUGGAAGAUUCAGAAGCAAACUGGUGGUGGAUGGUGAAACUGGAAAUCUCAAAAUCACAGAUAUCAGGACUAUUCACACUGGACUCUAUAAACUGAAGAUCAUCAGCAGCAAAAGAACCAAAUACAAGACAAUUUUUGUUCCAGUGAAUGUGAAGACAGAGUCAACGAAUCUGGGAAGUUCUGUCACUCUCCGGAAUUAUGCUAAAAUACAGGAAGAUGAUUUAAUGCUGUGGACGUUUGGAGCUGAAAAGAGUCUCAUUGCUAAAAUUGAUUCGAGGACAAAUAGAACUGAUGAGAAAUUCAGUAACAGACUGCACAUGGAUGAGGAGACUGGAUCUCUGACCAUUAGAAACAUCACAGAGGGAGACGUUGGACAGUAUAAACUACAAAUUAUCAACAGCAAACAGACAACAAUCAAGAGAUUCAAUGUGAUUGUCACCAAUUCCACUGGAAACAUAGAGAAUGAAUCCUCUCCAUCUGAGCCUUUGUUGGGAAAGCUGGAGGAAAUGAGUAGAGUUUGAUGAGAUAAAACUGAUAUAUCAACAACAUUUAAGUGCAAAAACAUAUUUCUGCUUUUAUUUUAUAUAUCUGGAUUUUUUAAGACUGUGAGAACCCUUUUUUUUUUCUUCUUAAAUUAAAACUUUUUUU